CUGGAUGUGUCAAACACGGACAAGCUAGCAGGACGUUUUCUUUACAGUGGGGCUUUAGAUAGAUUAAUAUAAUUUGAAUAACAGGACGUUGGUAAGAUUAAAAAAAUAGUGCCCCCCUUCUUUUCCAGCCACAGCAGCUCGUCUUUUCCGGGAUUAAUCGGAGGAACGGUGAUUUUUUUAAAAGACGUUAUUUUUGGGAGUAACGGUUGCUCUGAGUGUUUACAGCUGAGUAGGAACCACUGAUCAGGAUGGUGAGGAGGGAAACUGGUCCACAUACUAUAGAUUUAUGUGACUAAACUUUAAAGGGGGAUAAUAAUAGCCCCUGCCGAGGCUGACAGAAUGAAAAUAUGCCCCGUAAUCAGAGUAAACAGACCGUUUUUGUUGUUACGUAACAGUGUAAACCCCAGUGUUCAGUAUUAGCAGGACUACUCCUCUACCGUCAUGCCUUUCGUGUUCCUGGAGCGGUUUCCCUGGCCCAGUCUACAGACGUACACGGCUCUCAGUGCUGCCUUGCUGGUCGGGACCAUCUUGACUGUUUGCUCCUCCGACUCCCGGCCUCAGUCCAGCCCGGAGGAGAGCCUCGAUGAGCCGGCCCAGAGCUCCAGGAUCUCCCGGUACAUCAGAGACGGAGGGUACGGAGAUGCGGCUGCCGAGGUCCUGAUGUACCUGCUGACUGACAGUGUCUUUGUUUGGGUGAUGGUGAACACGGCCUGCUGCAUCCUCCUGCUAAUCGCCAAACUAAUCCAGAGUGUUGUUUUCGGGCCGCUUCGUGUCAGUGAGAAACAGCAUUUAAAGGACAAGUUCUGGAACUUCAUCUUCUACAAGUUCAUCUUUGUCUUCGGCGUUCUGAACGUCCAGACGGUGGAUGAGGUGGUGAUGUGGUGGCUCUGGUUCGCCGUCCUCGUCUUCCUCCAUCUCCUGGUGCAGCUCUGCAAGGACCGCUUUGAAUACCUGUCCUUCUCCCCGACCACGCCCCUGUCCAGCCACGCUCGGGUCAUUCUGCUGCUGGUGGUGCUGCUGUUGUGCUGCGGUGGUUUGGCGACUCUCUGCAGCCGACUGGCUCGCAGUCAGGGGCGACACACAACAGCCUUCAUGGCUGCUGAGUGUAUGCUGGUGACCGUCAGAACCACACACGUCAUGUUUCGGUAUUCGAUCCACCUGUGGGACGUGAACCAGGAGAGCAGCUGGGAUAAUAAAUCCUCCUACGUUUACUACACCGACCUGCUGAUGGAGCUGCUGCUGUUAGGCCUCGACCUGCUGCAUCACAUCCACAUGCUGCUCUUCAGUAACAUCUGGCUCUCCAUGGCCAGUCUGGUGAUCUUCAUGCAGCUUCGUUUCCUUGUUCAGGAGGUUCAGAAGAGAAUACGACGACACCAAAACUACCUUAGAGUCCUCCGGAACAUGGAGACCAGGUUCUCUGUGGCAUCUGCAGAUGAACUGGCAGCCAAUAACGAUGACUGUGCGAUCUGCUGGGAUGUGAUGAGUUCAGCCCGGAAGCUGCCCUGCGGUCACCUCUUCCACAGCUCGUGCCUGCGCUCCUGGUUAGAACAGGACACGUCGUGCCCAACGUGUCGGAUGUCUCUGAACAUCGGAGAGGGUGGUGAAGGUCAGACAGAGAGGGAAAACAGGGAGGCUGGCGCCGCAGACAACAUGGCCGCCGGCCCCGGGGUCGACGCUCGGCCACACCUGAACCAGCUCAACCACUUCUUCCACUUCGAUGGUUCUCGUAUUGCCAGCUGGUUGCCGAGUUUCUCGGUUGAAGUCAUGGCCACCACCAACUUUUUGGGUGUUGCACCGCCCAACCCGUCCCAGAUCAACCCCAUGGCCCAGCAGAUCCAUGAGAUGUUCCCUCAGGUUCCCUUUCAGCUCAUCCUGCAGGACCUGGAGAUCACCCGCUCCAUGGAGGUCACCACAGACAACAUCCUGGAGGGACGGAUCCAGACUGCCGCUCCACCACUGGUGUUAGAGCAUCCGCUCAUACAGGUGACCCCUCCCCCUGAGGAUGAGGGCGGGGCCAGCAGUGAGUCAGAACAGGAGGAGGAAGAGGAGGAGGAUGAGGAGACAGAGGAGGAGGGAGAUGAAGAGGAAGAAGAGGUGGAGGAAGAGCAUGAAGAGGAGGAGAUGGAGGGGGAUGUGGAGUUCUGUACGUCUGCGGAGCGUCGACAGAAGCUGCUGCUGCACAGGAAGGAGGAGCUUCUGCAGCGAGCGCGCAGGGAUUAUCUGAGCAGGAGCAGCAGGUCCAACACAGGAAACACGGACUCUUCAGACAGAGACGCUUCGACCUCUGACCCUCUGAGCCUGAGGCGGGAAACAUUAGCAGCAGCAGCUGAACGCCGUCUGCAGAGACAGCCUGACUCCGCCCUCUGAGCAGAAACAGACAGGUGUUAUUCUCUUUACCUGUGAGGGGUGUUUUUACUGACUGGCUUUGUUAUCAGAUUUACAAACUACUACUGCUAAUACUGCUCCUCUUUGUCUUCUGCUGAUGACAGUGUUAGAAAACGCAUAAUCUUUUGUUUUAUGAUGAUUUAAAAACCCAGAAAAGAGAAUGAAAAUGAACGUUUACUACGCCGAGCUGCUGCAGGGUACUUUACUGAUCACUAAAGACAAGAAGCUGUUAGUCCACUCCAUGCAGUUAGCCUUCAAAAAUGGAAAAAUAUAUUUUUAUGCAGUAUAGUUAUAGAUUUAAAGGAGAUAUUUGUGAGGAGGAACGAGCUCAUACUGCCUGAGAGAUUGGGCGUGGGCCUGGAGGAUGGCCAUCAGGAGGCCAGAGAAGUUCAUUUUGCCCCCUCAGCAUGUGCUUUACCUUCUGUUUGCUCAGAUCUGAUCUUGGUUUGAAGUUUCAGUGAAGUCUGCUGUGCUCUAACAUCAGAUCAGUGAGUGCUUAUCAACAAGGAGGCGUGUCGUCAGUGAAAACAUUUACAGGAAGCCCGCUCUCAUUUAUCUCAGUCAGCAGUCCUCAGAUCUUCCUUCUCACUGCUUCUUACUGUCCUCCAGUCAGUCAGAGCUUUAAGAUGGAGGGUCAGAAACUAUUUCUGAUUUGACUCAGGUCUGAUUGUGGUGUCUAACAUCUUCGUCCUGCUGGGUUUAAGCUAAUGCUUCCUGCAGUUAGGUGUGCUCAAGGAUCAUUAACGUUACAACAAACACACCACAGCAGUGUCUGAAUAAGAGCGGACAGAGACCUAGCUUUUCAGGCGGUCUCAGUCUAGAUAUUUGGUCUACACCACGGUUCGAUCGAUGACUUUCACACCGGCACAAACGAACCACAUAGACUCUGGACAGACUAGAGUUUUUAACUGAAGCAAACAGGUUAGGUUUAAAAGCACCCGUAGAGUCAGUAUGAGAAGACUGCCUGCAUCCACACAUGCACUCUGCUAGGGCUAACAUUUCAGGAGUGUAGUGCAUGUGUGAUUGUCUCGUUUUUGUAGCUUUAUGUAGCAUUAGUUUCUCUUCUUAGAGAGCGAUUCUAGAGGAGGAGUGGCUUCUCUAAAUCCUUAAACCUGCAGGAGGAAGUAGCUGCUGACAUGGGUGGUUUUAAGAUAAACCUUAACAUUUAAGUUUGUGAAAGAACGAGAUUACAGUUAAAGUGAGCUACUGGUAAACAGUCCAGUAUCAAAAUACGAAAAUUUAUAAUCAAACAUUUUGAUGAAAUGCUCCCCAUCCUGACGCUCAGUUUGACCUUCAUCAUUUUCACCGUUUGUCUACAUGCCUAAAUUCUUUAGUUGCUUCCAUGGUGGUGAUGAGAUAUUUGUGACAUGCAGUUGAACCACUAAAGUGGUCGGUAAGGGAACCUGGAGGAUGAAUCUAAUGUUAGGAGUCCUCUUAGAUAAAAUAUUAAAUGUAAUUUCAUCUGUUCACUCACAACUCAGUAUAGUUCCUUAUUUUCUACGUGGUCUGUUGCUGCGCAUUUCAGUUUCAUCUUUUCUAAAUAUCCACAUUUUUCUUUAUCAGUAUAUCACUCUCAUUUUAAUAAAGAGUUCCUUAAAUAUCUGAACACAUUUGUCCCUAAUGAUAAAAAAUGUCUGCUCCCUAAAACUGCUGUAAAAAUUAUAUACAUCAUUUUUUCCCACUUUAAACAAGUCACUCUCUCAAAACUACUUCAGCCUGAAAUAUACAUUUUAAAUAUUAGUCA